AUGACAACGGCGUUCAAAAUGAUCAAUUCGCCGACCUCGGUGGUCGAUGAGAUGCUGCGUGGCUUGGUGCACUCGUCCCCGGAUCUGUGCCUUGUCCCUGACUACCGAAUCGUCCUGCAUCGCGACUACAAUGACCUCAAGCAGCGCCAAGUAACCCUGUUGUCUGGAGGUGGAAGCGGCCACGAGCCAGCUCAUGCUGGAUACAUUGGACAUGGCAUGCUUACGGGGGUCAUCUGCGGUGACGUAUUUGCGUCCCCAAGUACCAAGCAGGUGUUGACUGCGAUUCGGCUGGCUGCGGGUCCCCACGGGUGUUUGAUUAUCGUCAAGAACUACACAGUAAGCAAGCAUUCAAUGAAACCACCUUGA